AUGCAGCCAAUAAAUUAUGAUUAAGUUCUCUUAACCUUUUAAUGCUAACGCAAGCACUUAUUUAUUGAUUCUAAAUAUUAUGUUUAGCUACUUCCUAAAUUAUUGAUUCUUUCAAGUGUAAUUAUUUUUUCAAUUUAAGAAUCCAAAAUAAAAAGACCCUAAAUAUAUUGUAGAAUUAAAUUUAAAUUCUAGAAUUCAUUGGAUUACAAAGGGCAAAACACCUAUUCUUGAACAAUUUGGAUUUUAAUAUAAGGAUAAAAUCAAAUAUUUUUGUGCCAAAACAAAAGAUUUAUAACAACUUAAAAAUUUCAUAUAAGGAAAAAUAAUCCAAAAAGACAUUAAUGAUUUCUAUUCUCCUAAUCGUUUGUUAGGAAUAGGUGUAACUUCUAAAGUUAUAAUUUUAUCUAAUUAAGGUCUAUUUGGUUACUAAAAAGGAUGAUUAAUCUAAAUUUGCAUCCAAAUGUAUUGACAAGCAGUAUUUCCAGAAGAAUGAAGAAUAUGUAAUUUGUAAUUGAGUAUUAUAGAAUGCUCAAUUUAAUGAAAUUCUCAUAAUGUAAAAGCUCAAGCAUGAUAAUAUUGUACAGUUAACAGAUAUUUAUGUAGGAGAAAAUACAUUUUACCUUAUAUUAGAAUAUUUGGAAGGGAAAAGUUUGGAUGAAAUUUUCUAAUAUUAAUAAUCGAAUUUUGAAUAGGAACAAAUUUAAAUAAUAAUUAAAGUAAUAUUAUUAAAUAUGAAAGUUAAUUUUAUAAGCAAUAGAUUAUAUGCAUUCUGAAGGAGUUAUGCAUAGGGAUUUAAAGCCAGAAAAUAUAAUGUUUAAAUAAACGAAUAAUCUAUAAUCCUUAAAAAUAGUUGAUUUUGGUUUAGCCACAUUUUAAAAUAUCGAUGUCUUUCCAUAUCCUAGAUGUGGAACACCUGGAUAUGUUGCUCCAGAAAUUGCUAACUUAUAAGAUAUGUCUUUAAAAUACGAUGUGAUUUGUGAUGAAUUUAGUGUUGGCUGUAUUUUUUAUAAAUUGUACACUAUUAAUAUUAAUAUUAAGAUGUACAGGAAAGGAAAUAUUUCCAGGAAAUGAUUAUAAAGAAAUAAUGAAACUUAAUAUGAAAUGUGAAAUUAUUUUGGAUACUCUUACAUUGUACAAUACUCCUCCUGAAGCUGUAGAUUUGAUAUCUUAAUUACUCAAAGUAGACCCAAAAGAAAGAAUAACUGCUCAAAAUGCCUUAUAACAUUCAUACUUUUAAUAACAAUAUCACAAUAAAAUGAAUUUAAUUCAAUAAUCGAAUCUUACAAAUUAGAAUUAAAUAUCUCAAACCUAAAAUUUCAGUCCAAAAGUUCUGAGUAAAAGUCUAUAAAAUUUAAUAGAAGAUAAUGUUGAAGAAGAAGAAGAAAAUAAAAUUUAAUUAAAUAUACUUAACAUCUAAAAUAAAAAAUCAUCUUUGUAUUUUCAAAAAAAUGCUUAUAUCAAAGAGAAUCCUAAUCCUCUACGAAAAAUGAAAAUAUUUCACACCUUGGAAUUUGGCAAAACAACUUAGAAAAUAUCUUAAAUGUUAAAUAAUUUUAAACCAACUUUAAUCAAGAUUUGUGAGGAAAAUGAUAAUGAUAUAGAAAAUUAAGUCGCAAUAAACAAUAUAAAUACUAAAAACAACUUUAUUAAUAAGAGUUAAGUUUAUGAGGCGAUAAAUUAUAUUGAAAAAAAUAUAGAGAAGCAACAGAAUGAAAAAGGAAUUUAGACAUGA